AUGACUUCUUUCAAGUCUUUUAAUUUUUACCUGGCUUUUCUUGCGUUCUUCUUAUUGACCUUUAUCCAAGCAAAUCACGCUGAAGAAGAAACAUUUACCCAGGAGUAUAUAAGAACUCAUAAAUUACUUGUUGAAAAAAUUACCUACAAUAAUCCAUAUUUAAAUGCAAUAGCAAAUGGCACUGCUAAAGAUUCCGCAUUCAUAAAUGACAUUGUCCAAUCACAUAACUGGCUUGUCCUUUGGGCAAGGUCUGUAGGAUAUGCGUUAACCAGAGCCCCUAUUCCGCCUCCAAAAGACUGGGGCCUUGGAGAUGCACCACCGGAAUUCUUUAUAGACUUUUUAGCCGGUAUUAUGAACCAAAUUGAAGGUUAUGGAGCCAUCCUAAAAAACCUCGCAGUAGAACAUAACUUCGAUAUUUACGGUAAACCGAUUUCAGCAGCUGCCAAGGCUGACGGAGAUUAUUUUAUUAAAGUUGCCAAGACGUUACCUUUUGAAGCAUUCGUAGCUGAAAAUUGGGCCGGGAUUAGAUUUAUCUACGAUGGGUUUUCGGUUGUUCAAAAAUCCAUAAAACAGAACGGAUACAAAUAUGCCUUCCAAGACUAUAUUGACAUAUUUACCUCACCCUCGUUUAAAAACUCGAGCGAUCAACUUGAGCUCUUAACAAACACUAUUUUUAAAUCUAAGAGCGCAAAUAGAAAGAUAGCCACCAAAGUUAUUAGCGAUCAUAUAGGUAAUGACUAUGAAGUUUUGGCAGAUAAUGUAAAUUAA